AAUUCGGGAUCUCCCCCAAAACCCCACCCUGAUCCCAUUUUUUAUUCCUGGAAAAAGGAUGCUGAGGAAGGACAAGGAAGAGGCCGAAGCCAUCAAAAACGCCAAGGCAUUGGAGGAGGAGAAGGCCAUGUACUCGGGCCGCCGCUCCCGCCGGCAGCGCCGGGAAUUCCGGGAGAAGCGGCUGAAAGGCCGGAAAAUCAGCCCCCCCAGCUACGCCCGCCGGGACAGCCCCACCUACGACCCCUACAAACGCUCCCCCUCGGAAUCCAGCUCGGAGUCUCGCUCCCGGUCCCGCACGCCGUCCCUGGGGCACGAGGAGAAGAUCACCUUCAUCACCAGCUUCGGCGGCAGCGACGAGGAGCCCCCCGGAGCCCCCGGCGCCCCCGGCCGCAGCCGCCGCGGCUCCCGGGAGCGGCAGCGCUCGGCCUCGGCCCCGGGAGCCUCGGCGCCGGCCCACAGAGCCUCCUCCCG